AUUCCCCAUCACCAACCACCUCAAGAUCUUAUGUUCCUCAGGUUAUCCUCAGCCAGGAGGUGUAGCUAGCUCGACUGAUUUCUCCUCGUACUGUUGUUAUAAGUUUGCAAUGUCCUUUCUUUUGUUACGAAUGCUAACUCGCUUACUUCCCUAAUCCUCCCAGCGCAGGUGGGUUGUUAGGCAUGGCUUUAGGAUAAUAUCAGUACCAUUUAGAAAUCGGUGAGAGCCGCUUUUCUUCGUCUAUUUUAAAACCAUCAGAGUCAGUUAUCCAUUCACGAUGCGGCCCAGUUCUGCUUCUCCAUCUGCUCCUUCGCGAGAUGCCACAACCGCAAAUAGCGAGUCUAUCCAUAACGGAGACGGCAGGCCCGUCAGCCCGUUAAAGGCAACGGUCAGCGGCUCGACAUUGCUCGAGCGGCGACAGUACCGACCCCUCGCUGUAGUCACGCAAGCUCGGCCGUCCGCUCGUUCUUCUCACCUUGACGACGACCAUCAGGAUCACCCUUCGCAAUCCGGCGACUCUGCUACUCACUCUGCUACUCACUCUGCUACUCACUCUGCCACCCACAGCAAUUCUGCAACACACGGCCAUCAGCAGCAGCAGCACCAUCAUCAUGACCAUUUCAGCAAGCCCCCGCGCUCGCCGCUGCACUCCCCGCUUCAUUCCCCCCGCGGCGGAGCCACCCGCAACCUCCACCCCAUGACCCCCCCGGCCAGCUGGACCAUGCCUAGCGUCGGGGAUUGGGGGGGAACCGGCGGAGACAAAAUUGGCGGAGAGAGAACUGGCGGAGAGAAUAUCGGCGGAGACCACAGCAGCGGCGGUAUUAGCAGCAGCCGCAGCAGGGGGGAACCAUCAAGCGCCCGCCAUUGUCGAUCAGCGGCGUCCAGCCCGCGGGUGAUGGAUUCCGCCUUCGGCCAUGGCGCGCUGGGGGGGGAGCCUUCCGCGGGACCUCUGAACGCAGGGGUAGCCGCGACCGGCGGAAAGGGGAGGAUGGCCGCGGGGAGGCGCAGCCCACUUGCUUCCCCGAAGAUCGAGGAUGAGAGCAGCCGACGGCGGAGAUCUUUCGAGAAAGAUUCGGCGUUCUACGUGGCCAUGCCGCGUCCCGUGGUUUCCCAAGAUUCGCUCAGUCCACGUGGCAGCAGAUCUUUCAAUUCGUCAGAAUUCGUCUUUUCCGGUGAUACGGGAGGGAGAAGGCGGGCCAAUCCUGACUCCCGUCGCUCGCCGGUUGCCUCCGAUAGUAACCAACUCGAUACCCGCUCUUUUGAACUGCCGCAUCCUCCGUCCUUCGAAAACCUAAUCGAAAGGGGCACCCAGUCGUUCGACUCGCUCAAAUCGCCCGCCUCUUCCCGCGCGAUUUCCGCCGCCGUCGUUAAUGCCGACUUGCCCCCCUCCUUCCGCAGCCCAGCGGGGUCUGCGGCGGGAUCCGCGGCGGGAUCUCCGGUGGGAUCUCCGGCGGGAUCUCCGGGCACAGCAUCUCCAGUAACUGGGUCCCCGGGUCGGAUUAAAAGAGUCUCUUACGCAGUGGUAGACUCUAAUUCCGAUGGCGCGAAGAGGGAGGGUGUAACCCCGUCCGAGGGUAGGGUUACCCGACGCAGCCACCAGCUGGCGGGCGACCGCGCGGAUACGGACAAAAACGCCAUUGGCAACGGAAUUCCCAGCUGGCUUCCCAGCAGCGGGGUAAAGCAGGCGGAGAGGGAUCUGUGGGGUGCGCCGCGCGGGGGAAGCAGGGGCGGAGGGGGGGGCGCCGGUGGGAGCUCGGGGGGGAGCGGGGGAAUGCCUUUCGCCUUUUCCCGCUCCCCGCGCGGCUCCCCCCUGGGGCCGGCUAACAAGCUCAAGUCCUACACGUCCCUAGAUCCGCCAGGCGCUUUAAAAAGCAGGGGGGGUAAGGACGGUCUAGACUGGCUGGAGGAGAUUAAGAAGGGAGGGGGAGGAGGGGGCGGUGGUAGUGGUGGGGACAGCAGUAGUGGCGGCGGAAGCUGGGGAGGAGAGGGGCGCGCAAACGGGAGCGAGACUGGGGGGGGAAGCAGGCGGGGUGUCUCUGCCUCCGCAAGUGGUGGCGCUCUUGGCGGCGCUGGCGGCUUUGGGGGGAUUGGCGGAGGCGGAGGAGGGGGGGGAAGCGGGGGAACAGGCGCUGGUGUGAGGGGCGCAAGCGCGCAUGGCAUAGGCGGCGCAGGCCUCCCUUCCCCCGCGCGUCCCCGCAGCUCUCCCUUAGGGAGGAAGCUUGUAUCGCACUCGUCUCUGGACCCGUCCUUUAAGGCAGAGAGGGGAGGCGGGGAGGGGGGAUGCGCGGAGGGGGGAAUUGCGGAGGGGGACGGGGGGAGGGGGAGCUGGCGGCAGCUGGUGGAGCAGCUCAAGGAAGGGAUGGAGGUGAGUGAUUCCGACCAAAGCGACAGCAGUGGCAGGGGCGCGGGCGCCCGUGGGGGUGGUGCUGCUGGGGAUCAAAGUAACGCUGCUGCUGCUGCUGGUGCUGCUGGUGGUAGUGGUGCUGGUGUUGCUGUUGCUGUGGCCAGUGCGCGCCCCAAGCCGAGGCACAGGCGGGGAGCGUCUCUCCACUCCCUCCCCUCUCUCGCCUCCGCCAUCAGCGAAACGCCCUUCACCUCUCUGCAGCAACCGGCUGCCAAAGGCGCAGCUCGUAACGGGGACGAUCUCUCUCCCUAUGGCAGCACUGCAGGUGUUAUUGGCAUCGGCAGGGUAUCUGGUGGUGGUGGUGGUGGUGGUGGUGGUGCUCCUGCUGGUGCUGCUGCUCCUAAGCCAAGGCAUAGGCGAGGUUCUUCCCUCCAUUCCUUCUCCCCUCUCGGCCUCACAAGCAGCGAAGCUAUUUUCGACUCCAUCCAACGGGCAGCUGAAAAAGAAGCGGAACAUACCGGUGAACUCCACGCCCCAGCCUACGACAGGCCGGCGUCUGCCUCACAGCUUUCCGGGCAGCUUCACGGGCAGUUUGACGGGUAUUGGGGCAGCGAAGACACGGAUAUAGGGUCGUUUAAGGCAACGGAGGAGGGGCCGAAAGGAAGACUGCAUAGGCCGUAUCAGGGGUCUGCUGAUAUAAGCGAGCUCUUAGGGUCGAGGAUAAGUAGAGGAAGGGAGAGGUCUAAGCCUAGGGCAGAGGAGAGAACGGCAGGAAGAGAGGUAGGGAGGAGGGAGAGGACGGGUGAGAGGCGAGGGGAGGGGAAAGGGAAGAAGGAGGAGCUGGUAAGGGGGGAGCAAGAGCAGAAAGUGCAGCAGCAGCAGCAGCAGCAGCAGCAGCAGAAGGAGGAGAGGCACAAGAGUCCGAGGGAUAGUCUCGGGAUCAGGGGCAUUCUGCACGCUGCAUCCUCCCGCCUCCGCUCCCUUCUCCCCGACACCACCUCACCCACUGGCGGCAGCAGUGCCCCCACUACCGCCCCUCCCAGCACCGCUCCCAGCAGCAGCAUCCAGGGGGGUAGCAGCAGCAGCAGCAGCAGCAGGCGGGCUGCUUCCCAGGAAGCCCCUGCUGCUCUCGCAUCCUUCUCUCUCAAGUCGGCUGACGCUGCAGCUGGUUACACGGACAGGGAGGGGAGACCAACGGGCGAGGUAGCAGGGCGGGUGGGGGGACUCAGGGGGAGGUUCAGGAGGCAAAAGCAAGGGGGGGAGGAGGAGGGGGAGGAGGGGGAGGGAGGGAUGGAUAGCCAGGGAGGGAGCCCUGUGGGGACUGGAGGAGGGGGAGAUGGCGCUGGGGGCGGUUCACCUGGUGGUGUUGCAGGUGUGAAGGGUAAGUACCACAUGCGCCGCCGCCAACGAAGCGCGGACGAGAUUCCGAGGAUUCCCAAGUCAAUGCUGGUCACGCCUCCUGUGUCUCCCCCGAAUCAAUCCGUGUACGGAGGGGGGUCCGCAGCGGGAGCAGCAGGAGCAGGAGGGGGGAAGGGAGAAGGGGGAGGAAGCGCAGGUGGGGCAGGGUCGUCAGGAGCAGCAGCAGCAGCAGCAGCAGCAGCAGCUGUGUCAGCAGCAGCACUUCACCAACGCCUGGCUCACAGAGAUAGGGCGGCCAGAGGGGGUGCCGGAGGGGGUGGAUUCCGGGGAAAGGCGGGAAUUUCGGGGGUAAUUGCUCCGAGAGGGGAUACAGUGGGGUCUGGAUCGGAGGGCAAGGGUGGCGCCGCCCCCGGGCGGAUUAUUUUGUCAGACUAUGACGUGGCAUCCAUCCCCCAUGAGAAACUAGCUGAGCUGCUGGGCCACAGGCAGGAAGGGGGGCAUAGGCCAGAUGGGGGCGGCAGAGGAGCAGGGGGGGUAGCAGGGACGGUGGGGGCGAGUAAGGGGAGGAGGGGGGAGGAAGUGAAGGAGGAGCAUGGGGCGAAAGGGAAAGGGCAGGUCAAGGGGCAAGUCAACAGCAGGGAGCGAGAGAUCGGCAGCAGCAGCAGCAGCAGCGGUGGUGGUAAUGGUGAUAGUAGUGGCCGUGGUGGUGGUGGUGGUGGUGUUGUUCCCAGCAGCAGCAGCGUCGACAGCAGCAGCAGUGGCAUCGGUCCCAACAAGCCGAGUCAACGGCAGCUGCAGCAGCAGCUGCUGCAGUCGUCCCUGGCCCUCCAAACCCAGCUGAUGAAGCAGAAGAAAGGGCCUCUGGGGUCCGUGCUCAUGCUCGAAAAGGUCUCUACCCACUCGGAACUGGAUAAGAAGAAGAAGGCAGCGGGAGCGGGGAAGAAGCAGCAGGCAGAUAGCAUCAUAGCGCAGCUCGCCAAUCAAGGCAGCGGGGGGGUAGGCACGGGGUCGGGACGAAAAGGGGGAGGAGUAGGAGCGGGGGGAGGGGGGGAAAGAGCAGGAGUGAGGGUCGAUGCUGCCAGUGGCGCUGGCACUGGCGCUAGCGCUAGUGGUGCUGCUGGUGCUGGUGGUGGUGCUGCUGCUAGUGCGGCCAGUGGCGCUAGGAGCAGUGGGUUUAGUGCAAUGAGGCAGUAUGGCAGCAUACGCCCCUCGGACUAUGUGCUGAAGAAGCCCUACAAGGACCUGGCCACGCGGUACGUGCUGCACCAGGACGAGCUGGGCAGCGGCGAGUAUGGCGUCAUCCGCAAGUGCCUUGAGAUCGCCACUGGCCAGGUGCUGGCGUGCAAGACCAUCAAGAAGAGCCGAAUCAAGACCCAGGAGGCAGCGGACGACAUACGGAUGGAGGUCGCCAGCAUGCUGAUACUCAAGGGGCAUCCCUACAUUGUCACUCUGCACGAUGCAGUGGAAGAUGCAAAGUACGUGCAUCUGGUGAUGGAGUUCUGCAGGGGCGGCGAUCUGUUUGACCGCAUCACCAAGGGCGGUGUGUACUCCGAGCCCCUGGGCGCGCACCUGUGCUUGGCCAUCACAGAGGCGCUGCUGCACUGCCACCGGCACGGGGUGAUCCACCGAGACAUCAAGCCCGAGAACAUCAUGCUGCUGGAGCCGGGGAGUGACACCCGCAUCAAGGUGCUCGACUUCGGGGUCGCCACCUUCUUCCAGGAAGGCGUUUUGCUGCAUGACGUCAUAGGCACGCCCGAGUACAUGGCACCGGAGGUGUGGGACGGGUGCUACGGCCCGGCGGUGGAUGUGUGGAGCACGGGAGUGGUGAUGUACAUCGCCAUGUCGGGCGUGCCGCCCUUCUGGGCCGCGUCCAAGCAGUCUGUGCAAGAAGCGGUGGCUACUCGCGAGGCGAGCUUUAAAUCGGCCAAGUGGGCGCACAUUUCGGACGAGUGCAAGCAUCUGAUUGGCCGGAUGCUCGCGAAGAAUCCUCGGGAGCGGAUCACGUGCCUUCAGAUUCUGGGGCAUCCAUGGAUACGUCGGCACUCGUCCCGCUGACCAGCUGAUAGUAAGCAGUUCGGUUUUACUGGGUACCCAACAUAUUUUCAGCUAAUUAUGUUAAUUUAUGUACGGUACUAGAUAACAACACCCAUAUUAAUCCACACCAGGCCUCGUGAUAACAUGGUGAUUUUGUCAACUUAUACAUAUUUGCAUAUGUAACAGUUAUAGGCUAGAAGGGAUUGUGCUCUUAGAGAGUACAACACCCAACCACAUAUUCCCCUGUAUCCGUCAUUUCUAGUCAUCCCGU